CCUGCUGUCAACAGUUGCGUAGUACACUUGCCUAAGGCCAUUGUCCAGUCACUAGCAGAUCAAUGGAUGCGUUUUAUGAGUUUGCUCUGCAACAGACUCCAAAUUCAUUCACCAGAGAUGUCGAGACGAGGAUCAUUUCUCUUCGAGGAUCAUUUUCUCCUUCACACAAACGGAAUAUGUAAGACAGUAGUGAUUGUUUAAUCAGAAUUUAUUAUGUUUGGAUUCUUCAAACAUAGACGAUUGUUAAUACAUCUUUGAAGAUAUGUGAGAAAGACGAUGGGGGAUUGGAACCUGCUGGGGAGCAUCUUAGAGGAGGUCCAUGUACACUCCACCAUUGUGGGGAAGAUCUGGCUCACCAUCCUCUUCAUCUUCCGAAUGCUUGUUCUCGGUGUGGCUGCUGAGGACGUUUGGGACGACGAGCAGAGUGAAUUUGUUUGCAACACAGAACAGCCUGGAUGCAAGAAUGUGUGCUACGACCAGGCGUUCCCCAUCUCCCUUAUAAGAUACUGGGUAUUACAGAUCAUUUUUGUGUCGUCACCCUCCCUGGUGUAUAUGGGACAUGCCUUGUAUCGUCUGCGGACUCUGGAGAAGGAGCGACACAAGAAGAAAGUCCUGCUGAAGCUGGAGCUGGAGAUGACUGAAGGUCUGGUGGAGGAGCACAGGCGGGUGGAGAGAGAGCUGAAGAAGCUGGAGGAGCAGAAGAAGGUGAGGAAAGCUCCACUCCGCGGCUCCUUACUGCGAACGUACGUCUUCCAUAUCUUGACCAGAUCAGUUGUUGAGGUUGGUUUCUUAGUUGGGCAGUAUUCCCUUUAUGGUAUUGGCUUGAAGCCGUUAUACAAGUGUGAGAGGUUACCCUGCCCAAAUACCGUGGAUUGCUUUGUGUCAAGGCCAACGGAGAAGAACAUUUUCAUGAUCUUUAUGUUGGUCAUUUCGGGCGUUUCCCUGUUUCUCAAUCUACUGGAGAUAUUUCACCUUGGGGUGAAAAAGAUUAAACAAGGCAUAUAUGGCGGCAAAGGUCUGGAUGAGGAUAGCAUAUGCAGGUCUAAGAAGAACUCAAUGGUCCAGCAGGUCUGUAUCCUGUCCAACUCCUCUCCUCAGAAACUGAUACACGUGACUCAUUCGACCUGCGCAGUCGUUCCAGAUGGGCGAGUGGAGUCUUCACCCUUUGGACUCCCUCAGCCCAGGCAGGAGGUGAACAACAACGACAUCACCAAUGGCUCGGACCAUAACGCCAGACAGAGUCGCCUGCCCAGCCAUGCCGACCUCCCUGCCCUGAGGCAACUAGGGGCAACGGAGCGCCGUCUCACUCUUGAUACCCGGCAGGCGUCUUGCAGCAGUGAUGAUUCUAACGGGCCCAAGGGCUCAGCACCCUCCAGAAGUGUGGGGGCGGCGCCGCAGCCGCGGGCCAUGCGCAAGCAGAGCCGGGUCAGCAUUUUGAGCGAGGACCUGAGUGACUCUCCAGACAGUGCCACCUAUCCCGCCGCAAGAAAAAUGAGUUUCAUGUCGCGCGGGCUCUCCGAGAGUCCUUCUGACAGCCCUGAUUCGAAGGCAGGCUCUGAUGCUGAGGCCAAACGGAUCGCUGAGGGGGAGAGUCCCCCUGCAACACCACCCCCUGCCAGUGGAAGAAGAAUGUCAAUGAGUAUGAUUCUGGAACUGUCUUCAAUCAUGAAAAAAUGAGCUCGGACUGGGGCGGCAGACACAGCAGACACAGCAGACUGGGCUGUCCACAGAUGCCAGCAGCGAGCCACGCUGUUCUACCACCCUCUGCUUAACUGCAUAAUUAUUGACAGAUUUGUUCUGCAUGAGCUGUUAAAUCUUUGCUGUGAUGAAGCUGGCAUUUGUAGAGCUAAUUACAUAACGCUGGUCAAUGUUACAUGUUCUCUAAUACACAUUUUUUUACGUACCAUUUAUGAAUAAUUUGUGAUAUUUGCACAUGUAGUAUUGGGUUCAAAGAGCUCGGAAAUUGUUGUUAUUCUCAAAGAAUUUAUUUAAAAGAGUUCCCCAAAACAAUUUAUUCAUAAACAAAAAUAAUCACAUGAGCACAAAUAUCUAUGCUGAUUACCAUCUAUGUAAUUUAACAAAAUGUUUUAGUGGACUUAAUUACAUUUAUCAGUUGAUAAUGGAAAAUCAAAGGGGAAUUUAAGGGCUUUGUUGGUAUUGUGUUAUUUUUGCGAUAAAAAAUAUCCAUGUUUUCAUUGAAAAGGCUUUAAAAAAAUUAGGGGUUAAGUUCCAGGCUUUGACAAAGCCUUGUAUAAAAUACAAAUUUAUCAUGAGGCUACAUGUUUUUUUUUUUACUUAAUCUCUGUUUUUUAUCUGAGUGCCUGUUCCCCUUGGAAUUCUCAAACACCAGCUGUUUCCAACCAAACUUAUAUUGGAAUACAAAGUUCAAGGAUAUUCAACUGAGGAACUUUGAGGCUAAACUGGCACUACAAUUCUCAUCAUCACUGAAUCUCCUUCCCAUCGCCGAAUGGACUAAAAAUAUUUGUUCUCACAUUUAGAAGUGAUGUAGCAUCUUUCAAUAGCUUGAUUGCGAAUGGCUUUAUAGCUCUCAGAAACCAAUGUUCCAGGAGACUGAUCAUUUGAAUUGAAAUGAGUAGAUGUUGACAAAGGGACAAGGGGGAAGCUUUGUUUGAGGUAUGUGAUAGUCAUGCUGAUUCAUUGCUGUUCCCUCAAGAUGUCUAUUGGUCUUUCCUGAUUGCUUUUAAAAUAAAAUGUUAUGCUUUUA